ACUUUGCACUAACGGACAGAAAUACUCUGACAACUAUCAUAGAAACAUCAUGAAGGUUAUUGUGUUUCUUCUGCUCAUUCUGGCUGCAAAUGCCAAGAUAUUUGAGAGAUGUGAACUAGCAAGAGCUCUGAAAGCCUAUGGCAUGGACGUCGAUACAGGUGUCAGUCUGGCCGAUUGGGUUUGCUUAACAAAUUCGGAGUCUAGUUACAACACACAAGCCAUCAACCACAACACUGAUGGAUCAACAGACUAUGGGAUUUUCCAGAUCAACAGUCGUUAUUGGUGCUAUGAUGGUCGAACACCUGGGCGUACCAGCAAUGGCUGUAAAAUCAACUGUUCAGACCUGCUGAGCGAUGGCAUUUCUUUAUCUGUUAAUUGUGCCAAGAUCAUAGCGAGGCAGCAAGGCAUUUCUGCAUGGUACGGCUGGAUAAACAAAUGCAAGGACCGUGAUUUGAAUCCAUAUAUUGCAGGAUGUGGAGUUUAACUAUUUUUUUUCAUAUGUUGCAAAUCGCAUAAUGUUAAAAUAUUUUUUUCAUGCAAAGAAAUAUGUUUCAUGUGAUUUACUUCUGAAGCAUUCAUAGCCAAUUGUUAUAUACUACAAUAAAACAGUAAAAGAAAACUGCUGCAUGAAUAAUCAAUAAAGAAUGUCUCUAUGAUUUUAAA